CGACGCGCUGCGUUCUGACGGGUGAAGGGCGACGCGAGUGUGCACAGCGCGUCGCUCCAAGUUUACCCGCGGAGCCGGAAAGCCCUAGGAAACAGCGGCGGAGACCACAGGUGGGGGAUGCACCUUUUCCGGUGCCCCCCCUUCCUACACCUUUCCCGGGCGGAGAGCACGGUGACUCCCCCCCGGAGCCCGGUCCUGGGCGCCUGCAGAGUUGAGCGUGUGCCUGACAGCCCCUGGCGAGACCGGCCCGGCUUACCUUGAGGACCGGGGUCAGCUCCGCCUCCGCCGAGGCCUCACGUGACGCAGGACUCUCGGGACACGUGACGCGAGAAAGGCCGCGCAGGGGCGGAAUCAGGUCGCUUCUCCCCGCCCUCCGGAAGCGUAACACUGAGCGCGCCUGCGCAAUGGGCGCCAGGUCCGGCUCUCUGCCCGUCGGGUCCUUAUUGUGCUUUUUGUUUCGUAAUAGGAGGUUCUGGGGUAGGGGCUUUUUCGCCUUCCUUUCCCUCCCAUAGGUUCCCCGCAUAUGGAUCCUAAAAGCUGCUGCUGCUGAGCUGAUUCAGCUUUAGGAUGUGAGCUCUUCCCCUGGAAGCUCUUCGUGGGAGGAACUGAGGUGACCAGGCCAAGCAGUGCGCGUGCGGAUGAGGGGUGGGCGCGGCCGAAGAGAGCCCUACUGCGCAGGCAAUUAGAAAACAGUGAAAUGGAAAGCAAGUGCUGUGGUCAUCCCAUGUUAUGCUCCUUGUCAACAAUGUAUACAUUCUUGUUAGGGACCAUAUUUAUUGCUUUAAGCUCAAGUCGCAUCCUAUUGGUAAAAUAUUCAGCCAAUGAAGAGAACAAAUAUGAUUAUCUUCCAACUACUGUGAAUGUGUGCUCAGAACUAGUGAAGCUGGUUUUCUGUGUGCUUGUGUCGUUCUGGGUUAUAAAGAAAGAAAAUCAUCAGAGUAGAAACUUGAAAUGUGCUUCCUGGAGGGAGUUCUUUAAUUUCAUGAAGUGGUCCAUUCCAGCCUUUCUUUAUUUCCUGGAUAAUUUGAUUGUCUUCUAUAUCCUUUCCUAUCUUCAACCUGCCAUGGCUGUUAUCUUCUCAAAUUUUAGCAUUAUAACAACGGCUCUUCUAUUCAGGAUAGUAUUGAAGAGACAUCUAAACUGGAUACAAUGGGCUUCCCUCCUCAUUCUAUUUUUGUGUAUUGUGGCCCUUACUGCUGGGACCAAAACAUCGCAGCAUAACCUAGCAGGACAUGGAUUUCACCACGACGCCUUCUUCAGCCCAUCCAAUUCCUGCCUUGUUUUCAGAAGUGAGUGUCCCAGAAAAGAAAAUUGCACAGCGAAAGAGUGGACUUUUUCUGACUCUAAGUGGAACACCACAGUCAGGGUUUUCAGUCACAUUCGUCUCGGCUUAGGCCAUGUCCUUAUUAUAGUCCAGUGUUUUACUUCUUCAAUGGCCAAUAUCUAUAGUGAAAAGAUAUUGAAGGAGGGGAAGCAGCUCACUGAAAAUAUCUUCAUACAGAACAGCAAACUCUAUUUCUUUGGCAUUCUUUUUAAUGGGCUGACCCUGGGCCUUCAGAGCAGUAACCGUGAUCAGAUUAAGAACUGUGGGUUUUUCUAUGGCCACAAUGCAUUUUCAAUAGCCCUUAUUUUUAUAACUGCAUUCCAGGGCCUCUCGGUGGCUUUUAUUCUGAAGUUUUUGGAUAACAUGUUCCAUGUCUUGAUGGCCCAGGUCACCACUGUCAUUAUCACAACAGUGUCUGUCCUGGUCUUUGACUUCAGGCCCUCUUUGGAGUUUUUCUUAGAAGCCCCAUCAGCUCUUCUGGCCGUAUUUAUUUAUAAUGCCAGCAAGUCCCAAGAUAUGGAAUAUCGACCUAGGCAAGAAAGAAUCCGAGAUCUAAGUGGCCGUCUUUGGGAGCGCUCCAGUGGGGAUGGAGAAGAACUGGAAAGACUUACCAAACCCAAGAAUGCCAUUGAGUCAGAUGAAGAUACUUUCUAAUUGGUACUCAAAUAGGUGGCAGGUUUCACAACCUUGUUUUCAAUUUUCUGCAUGUGUAAUAUUUAUCUUUUCACUUUGAUAAAACAAGAAUAUUUCCAAAGUAUUCUUUGCAUAUAUCUAACUACUCCCUAAACAGUUUUUUCCAAGGCUUAGAGUACACAAAGGCCAGAAAGGUCUAAGGAACUGACAUGAGAGUAAUAGUAUGGAAACUGCAUUAAUGGCCUAGAAAUUGAUAAAUCAAUAAGAAAUAUUCACAGAUUAUUUUCCUUGUUGUCCAAGGUUUCAAAAACCUUGUAAUAAUCAUAGCAGCUGUGCCCGAUAAAUAUACAAACACAGAUUAGUUUGCCAGAUUUUAAUAAUUAUGUAGUCCUACUCUGUUGCCAGAGUCUUCACUUUUUUUAUCAUUAUGAACAUCACCUCAGUUGCCCCUUGAAUUUUGAGGCCCUUGAAGCUACACAUUUUGUAAUUAAAAAGAAACAUGACUUUCUAAAAAAAAUUUGUUGAAAGACUGCCAUCUGGCUACAACAUUGAUUUGAGUUUAAUGUAGUCUAUGCUAAAUGUUUUACCAAACAAGCAAUUUUUUAGAAACAAAAUCUCAGAAUUUUAAUUUUUAGGAAUUCAGGGUUUUUAGGGAUUAUCUUUUUAUAUUCAACAUAAAUAAGCUUCAAUGUAGGUGAAAAUUGAUUCCUAGUCACCAGUUAUCACUUGUAUUUUAAAUCAUUAAGCCAUGUGUGUGUGUUUUUCCUCAGAUUGACCUUAUUAUUCUUGGAUUAUUAUAGUUUGGAGAACUAAGAAGAAGCCAUUUCAUUUUAUUAGCUAUUAAUCAGAAGUUAAGAUAAUUAUAUAUCAUAUCCGCUUCCUGAGAGUGGAGAUACUGGCUUCAGAAUCAUACCAGAUGAGAGUUCCUUUGAAAAGGGUCACUUUGUAGACAAAUGAUUUUUGCUUAAAUAUGAAUAGUAUUACUUUGAAAAGAGGAAGACCAAUAAUAAAGCACUGUAUAGUAAUAAUAUUUCACAUUUCAAGUGCAUGUUAUUUUUCAACAUUUUUGCAUGCAGCCAAUUGACUCUGAGGUAGUGAUAGAUAAUUUAAAAAAAUAAGACAAGUGACUUGCCCACAGUCAUGCAGCUGGAUGGUGAUGGGAUAAAAGUUAACUUUAGCUAAAAGGCCAGUGUGUUUACAGAGCCGGACACUGAAUGUGAACCUUACAGUAUCAUUU